CGGAAUGAAUGAAAAGCGGUUUUGUUCAAAAUAUAAAAUUAAAAACAAGAAAAGGAAGGACUUUCAAAUUUGAAGAUGCCAGGAACCCGUACCUUGUGACACCACUAUCGUUAAAACCGAGGACAAUCUAAAAGUAAUGACAUCACAAUGCCACGUAGACAUUCUUCAAAGAAACCAGGAUGCUUCAAUCUGGUGAAACCCUCGUUGAUGUUCACAGAAAGCCCACCAGAACGGUUACCCAAACGUCUCUGUAGUCCCACCAAUGCAGCUGAUAAUCCUAUCACCGCACAGGUCCUCUAUCUGGAAGAUGGCCUUGAAACAACAUGGGUAUCCCCUCAGUUCCAUCCUGCUAUGCUGGAGAUGGAAGAGCCCCCAAGACGAAGGAGGAGGAAGAAACAGGAUGGAAACGUCACAGGGAAGUCUGCGAUGGCAAGCCAACCGACCACCAAGAAACAGAGGCCAGUCCGGAAGUCUACAUUGACCACGCCCAACCCUGAUGCGAGAAGGUUUAACAAGGGAAUCAAGCCUCUCAAGUUUCUUGGUGACUCAUCCCGGAAGGGAAGGGAUGGGCAGGAGUCAGGGAUGAGUGUUUUAGAUGACCUUGAGGCUGACCUGGAGGAUGUGAGAAUCGAUGAUGGAGACGAGGAUGUUUGGUCAGAGGAUAGUGCAGUGUUUAAGAAAGAAGAUAGGAGAAGGAGAUCAUCUACAAAGGGUGUGUUACAGAGGCUUGGAAGUGGUGAGGGGAUUGGUGCAGGAUUUAUCGACUACUCUAGAACUUUGCAUGAUGUCUCGCACAGGAUGCAUAAGCAGGGUCGAGUGGAUACUGGUAGGAGAUCUGUCACACGGUCAAGGAUAUCAUCUGUGGGAGGUUCACAUGAUGGCAACCACCAUCCUUUCAUGGAUGGUGAUGGCGGUGAAGGUGACUUUCACCAACCAGGGCUGACGGUGCUAAGAGAGAAACCUUUGACAAGCAACACCUCUGGGCUGCAUCACACCAGGAUGCAUCCACGUGACCUUUCCAUUUCACCCAAAAAUUUCAACAACCUUGAUGACAUUGAUGACCGUUUCCCCCAUGAACACAAAGAUUACGGUCAGAGUCCAUAUUUUCAUAGGCAGAAGAUCCAAGCAAGAGGCGAGUCUGCGAGGAAGAAACUCAAACAGUUCGCUGCACAUCCAGAUCAAUACGGGGACACUGGUUUAGAUUUUGAGGACCAACAACUUCUUGCCAACCUUGAUAAGACUGGAAUUGAUGGACAAACGAAGGGAAGAGUUCUUGCUGCAGACACGCCGGUAUCAGACUAUGGUUUGCGUGUUACUCUUAGACGUAGAAGGCAUCUUCUGCCUAAACAUUAUACUGAGAGGUUGCUCCUAGACUCAUGAUUAUGUAACUCUAAAAGUAAUAGACCUCAGAGAGGGAAUCAAUAAGAAAUUAUUUAUCACUAAACACUGGUGAUGAAAAUAUUGGGACAACUGUAAUAUCCUUGGCGAUAUGGAUUAUUGAUUUUAAAUGCUAAUUAAUUAAUGAAAUCCGAAUAAUUCUCGUGUAAAUCUAGACAAAUCAGAUAAGAAUCUAAUUCAAACUGGUUUUCCACAGAAUGAAUUUUGCAUUUCAUCUUUUGUGAUGUCAUACAGGGAUUUAUUAAAAAUAAUGGACAUUAAGUGCUGUUUCAUUAUCAUAGCUGCACAUUAGUAGAAUAAAAAUAUAUUCUAUAAGAUGGAUGAUAAACUGGAUUUAAAGUGAAAGAAAAAAUAGGUAAUGUACACAAUAUCCCUUUGGGAACUGAUGAGAAUUGUCAAGACACUGAUUCAUGCAUGCGUAUACUGUUUAAAAAAAAACCCUUUACAGAUUUCUGCAUUUUUUAUGUUGGCUUUGAUGGCUUUUAUUUAUCAAUUGCAACACUUUGUUUGAUGGGCCCUGAUAUCUGACCCAUGUCAUAGAUGAAGCUACAGUGUACCAUUAUAAAAGAAAAUGAAAGUCAUUCCAAGUUCAAAGUACUUCCAAUUUUUGUACAAUAAGACUAUUCAAUACUA